UUUAAACAUCUCACCGAUACAGUCAUUGUGCGAGGGGAGAGAAUUUUCCCAUUGACAGUGUGUCGAUUACUGAUUUCUAUCCAAUGGAGCUCAAUUGUUGUGCCAUUCAGCAGACUUCCUAGUUUUUUUCUUUUAGACUUUUCUUAAGGCAAAAUUCUUGUAUUUUUUGUAGUGCUUGUUUUCGUUCGCAACGUCUGUGAUCUCGUGCAAUUUGUUAGUUUGCCUAAUUACAACAGUCACACAAAGAUAAGCCCUUUUGAAACAGAAGCACAUCAACAAAUUCCUCUGUUUUUGCAGUGAAAACUAGUGUAGAAGCUCUGAAUUUUUUUCCGUAUAGUGCUAAUUGUUACUUUAAAAAACCUAGUGAUGAUGAAAAGUGAAUUUAUGUCGAAUUUUGAAAAUGCCAAUUUCAUCCUCAAUCCCACCUUUGAUGAGAAUAUCUUUCAAAUUUUCGAUCAUGACACAGCUGCCAUCCUGCCGAGUGGAAAUGCUCCGGAGCUGUCCAGUCCCACAGGCGUGAAUGGGCAGACAAAUGGACAAAGCGGCAUGGGCAUCGCGGGCAGUUGUUGUGCCAUCUGCGGCGACCGUGCGACGGGGAAGCACUACGGAGCGCCGAGCUGCGAUGGCUGCAAGGGCUUCUUCCGGCGCAGCGUGCGGAAGAACCACCUGUACACGUGCCGCUUCUCACGGAAUUGCGUGGUGGACAAGGACAAGAGGAACCAAUGCCGCUACUGCAGACUCAGAAAGUGCUUCAAGGCGGGCAUGAAGAAGGAGGCGGUGCAGAAUGAGCGCGACAGGAUCAGCUGUCGACGAUCCAGCACGGAGGACAGAGACACGGGCAAUGGAUUGUCUGUGCUAUCGCUUCUGCGGGCCGAGAUGGAGUGCAGACAGUCGAAGAUUGGUGUGAUCCUCGAGAGUACAACGGAGAAUCUGGAGAACAAGCAAUUCGCCAGUAUUAACGAUGUGUGUGAAUCGAUGAAGCAACAGCUGUUGAACCUGGUGGAGUGGGCAAAACACAUCCCGGCCUUCAAUGAACUCCAGCUUGAUGAUCAGGUGGCACUGCUGAGGGCGCACGCUGGUGAACAUCUUCUGCUGGGCCUAUCGCGUCGAUCGAUGCAUUUAAAGGAUGUCCUACUGCUCAGCAAUAAUUGCAUCAUUACAAAGCAUUGCCCAGAUGCCUGUCUCUCACCGAACUUAGACAUCUCGAGGAUAGGCGCCAGGAUCAUUGACGAGCUCGUGCGUGCCAUGAAGGACAUCAGUCUGGAUGACACGGAAUUGGCGUGCGUGAAAGCGCUGGUCUUCUUCGAUCCCAAUGCAAAAGGAUUGAAUGAGCCCAACAGAAUCCGAGCGAUUCGACAUCAAAUACUGAACAAUCUUGAAGAUUACAUAUCAGAUCGUCUGUAUAGUUCAAGGGGUCGCUUUGGGGAGAUUCUCCUCAUUCUGCCGGUUCUGCAGUCGAUCACGUGGCAGAUGAUUGAGCAAAUACAAUUUGCAAAGCUUUUCGGUGUGGCGCACAUUGAUAAUUUGCUGCAAGAAAUGCUUCUUGGUGCUGACAAUUCGUCGCCUUUAACGCCCGUGAUGAACAGCUACAGCCCUUCGCAGUCGCACCAACAGAUGUGCGAUCAAGUGCCUUCGCCUCAAGAGCCGGUCUCGUCUCCGGAACAGCUCAUGUCCGAGCACACGAUGCACACGAGCCUGGAGAACUCGCUCGAUGUGCCGAUGAUGCCGCUAGACUCAGGAGCCAGCGAGGAUCUCUACCGGCGCUCUGAAAAUGUCGCCGCGACAGCCUUUAAUUUGUCACCGCCGCCAGUGAAGGACGAGAAGUGCUUCAUGGGCGCUCCGGUGUCCUAUCCGGCGAUCGGCGACUUUGCCCAAGCGCCCGGCGAGAUGGACUAUGGCGGCAUUGCGCCGGGAAGCAAUGGGAACGUGUCUCAUGGACAAGAGCACGGGAUGUAUGAUGGACAGAGUCUCGUGGCGCAACGGAAGACCACCUGUGGCCAUCAGAUGGGCCUUGAGGGCCCUAAUGUGGGCCAGAUCGGGCUCCGGACCAACUUUAAGCAGGAGCCAGAUCAUAGGUUCUGAUUUAGUGAAUUUACCACAAGAGAGAGAGAGAGAGAGUUUUUCUAAUGAGAUGGGGUAAACUUUUUUGUAAGAGAACUUUGAUUAAAGUUGUAAGUUACAUUAUUUUUAAGGUGUAUCUUUGUAAAAAGAACUUUUGUAGAAUGGUUGAAGAAAUUGUUGCAAUUUUUUACAUAUCUGAUACUCUGGUACAGUGAAAAUGGUGCGCAAUAUGAAAAAAGUGCCUUUUCUUAAGCUGAUGAGUUUGUAAAACACUUGUUAGAAUUUGGUAAUAUAAAUGGGUGAUUUUGAGAUUUAAUAGUUUAUUACAAAUGUUGUUUUCUUUUCUAAAUGUCUAAUAUAUUCGUGGCGAAUGUUUAAGAUGAUACAAAUUUAUACAGAGUCUGUUAUACAGCAAUAAAGUACAUUUUUGAGCAAU